AUGAUUUCUAAAUGCUCGAUUCUCAGCUUUGUCGCAUUUCUCGCUGUCUGCCGUUGUUACAUCAUUGAGGGAGCUCCUUCAGCACUUCCACAGCCAUUCAUGGAUCCACAACAAAACACAGGAUAUGGAUUUGAUUAUAAAGAAUAUAUUAAACGACACACACAAGGCGCUCCAAUCAUGAUCUACACAUUGAAUGACUGCAUUCCGUGUAGAAACACGAAAAGUCUCCUUCAACAAUGGUAUCCCGAUGUGCCCGCGUACUUUAUGGAACUAACAAUGAAUCUUCAACGUCCAUGGGAACGUCGUCUUGAGAGAGAUCUUCUUGAAGUCACCGGACAAAACACUUUUCCCUAUAUUUUUGUUUGCGGCAAGUUCAUCGGAGGCUCGUCCGAUCUGAUGAACAUGCACAACUUUGGCCGAUUGAGACCCACCGUCAAUUCGUGUCCCGCAAAAGGAUUUUUCCGUCCAAACCUU